AUGGCUACUACUCUCGAACAGAAAGUCAAGAUCGAGUUCGUGGAGGAUGUGGAGCCGCAGACUGCCAAGACUGGCGAUGUUCUCGUCGAUGCGGCUGGGAGAAUUCAGCGGUUGCCCGUUCCUAGUGCCGACCCCAAUGAUCCUCUCAACUUCACUCUGUGGGAGAAGACUGGUGUGAUUGUCAGCUGCUGCUGGUUCUCUAUCAUGUCUCUCUCCGUGGUUGGAGGUCUGGGGGCUAUCUUGGGUAUCUUCUUUGGAUUGUAUAUGCCUCAGGGUUAUACUGCGACUCAGGUUGUUUGGCUGGGAACGUUUCCCUCGUUAUUUGUUGGUAUUGGAAAUUAUCUUAUUCUUCCCUUGGGCCUGGUGUAUGGUCGUCGACCUACUGCCAUUGGAUCUAUCGUGGUUCUUUUUGUUGCGACUAUUGGGUGUGCUGUGUCACAGACGUUUGAGCAACAUCUUGGUCUGCGAUGCCUCCAAGGGUUGGCAACUGGUGCCACGGAGUCGCUUCUUCCCCUGAUGCUCUCCGAGGUGACCUUUGUUCACCAGCGUGGCCUUGUCUUUGGUGUUUACUGGGCAACCCAGAACGUGGUGACCAGCUGCCUGAACAUUGCAUCUUCCUACGAAGCUGCGGCUCUCGGCUGGCGCUGGUUCUACUGGGUCUACGUGAUCGCCGUUGGCGUUGGCCUCUUCAUCGUGAUUUUCACCUGUUUCGAGACCCGGUACCAGCGUCGCGCACAGUUGAUCAAUGGCCAAGUUGUCGUGACUGACCAGUUUGGCGUCACGCAAGUUCUGACUGGUCAACAAGCUCAGGAGUACCUGCUUGCGCUCGAGGCCGAGGAUCAGGAAAUCCCCGAUGAGGCGCGCCCUAAGAAGACAUACAUGGAGAUGCUUGCCCCGUGGCAGAAGCCGUCGAAGCGUCCCCUGAAGACCGUCCUGAUGGCCUGGUUCCACAUGUUCGAAGCAUUCAGCUCCCCUGGAAUCCUGUACGCGACCUUGUUGUCGUCCGUGGUCCUGGGUUGCAGUGUCGGCAUGUCAUUGACUUACGACACCGUCCUGCAGGAGAACUAUGGCUGGGCUGCCAAGAAUGUUGGUCUGAUCAACCUGGGAGGUGUGUUUGGUGGUUUCGGAGGCAUGCUGUACGCUGGUGUAUUUGGCGAUUGGUUCAUUCUGCGCCUGGCCAAGCGCGCCAACGGCGUCCACACACCCGAGCAUCGCCUGAUCCUGCUGAUCUUCCCGGGUAUUCUGACGGUCGUCUCGCUUCUCUUGUAUGGUUUCACCGCUAAUGGCAAUGCCACCUGGGGUGGUCCGUACAUGGGAUGGACACUGUUGCAGGUUGCCUUUGUCUCCGUGCUCAUCUUGUCUACUUCUUUCGCUGCCGAGGCGUGGGAGAAGAACCCCGGUCCUGCCCUUGUGGCAGUUGUUGGUACGAAGAAUAUCAUCGCGUUUGGUAUCAGUUAUGGCUUGAGCCCAAUGGUUGCCAUUUACAGCUACCCUGUCGCGAUGGGAAUUCUGACUGCCGUUGCUGGAGGAAUCUUCCUCUUGGGUAUUCCCGUCUAUUUCUUCAACCCUGCUUGGCGCCGCUACAUGCAACGACACGAGGCCAAGAACUAA